GACGACUCGACGCUCCCCGCCCCUCCUCUGCCUCCUCCGCAGCACACGCGUGGCCUGGCCUCCGGGCUCAACCGAUUGUCGCCUUGUCGAGUACCGUGAGAACCCCUCUUCCGACGCGUUUGGGGGCCGACGAGAGAGAGCGUGAGAGAGAGAGAUAGAGAAAGAGUGAAAAAGAAAAAACAAGGUGGAAAGAAGUGUUGCAGCUCAUUUGGAGUUGCGGGAACAUUUAGGGAGACAUCCUUGAAUGCAAGCUGAACGAUCAAUUUCGCCUUCGUUGCCGCCACCCUCAUCGCCUCCCUCUGCACCCACGUGCUUUGGCGAAGCGACCUCACCAUCCGAAGCGCGUGAAGCCGUCUCGCCCACUUGGACUGCCCCGUCCCCGUCUCGUACACUCGGGCAUUCGAGCCCAGAACUUCCUUCACUUCCCUCCUUCUCCCUCCUUGGAAACCCGCCGCGCACCCCGUCCAACGCUGCGAGGCGCGAGCGAACAGACACUUCGUACUACACGGCAAGUUGGGGCAGUCCGUAUCGGCACCCGCCUCCAUCCUUCAACCUAGACCCUCAAGUCUCGAACCAGUUUGGUAGCGACGACUUCGACGAGGAGGAAUCUUCCGGUCUCCAGUUUGGGCUUGGACACCUGCUUCCCUCGCGGCUACAGCUUGAGGAAGACUCGCCCAACCGCUUCAAUCUCGAGCAUCUCAUCCCGUCUAUAGACCGCAACGUAUCGCCUAACCGCUUUACGCUCGAGCAUCUGAUUCGAUCUCGAUUGCCGGACCUAGACACUCUGACGAGAGACCGCGCCUCUGGCAGUACACCCAGACCGUCCGAUCCCAAUCCCACGUCAGCAGAGUGGGUGCAGCGGUUUCUCGAGCAGCGUUGGAACCGCGACACCAACGACUGGCGCGACAACGACAGUGAUACCCAAGGUUCAGCAGAGGAGCCGGAAAUCUCGUUUGCUCCCCCACCCAAGCGAAGACACCGGGACAGGAACACCAACAAGACACUGAACCAGCAGGACUUUUGGCGCCACUUCAGCAAGGACCAGAAGGAAGCGCUUGGCAAGAUGAUGGCCUCAAAGUACGCCGACUCGGAUCCGCCCGUUCCCCAAAGGCAGAGUUCGGGAUCCGGUCCACAGGCCGCACAGCAGACUAAUGGAAACAGUGCUUCGAAUGACAAGACUCCCGUUCCGACGCCUUCCAAGACAGCCAAGACAUCCAACCAGACACAUGAUAAGCCGUCGGACGGUGGUGCUGUAAAGUCGUCCCAGGGCGAGUCGACAAACAACAGGCCAGCCUCAAACCCGCCAGCAAACGCGUUUCUUGCGCCUCCAAAUGCUGCGCCUGCGCCUGCACACCCAAGAAUGCGCAAGAAGGUCAUCGUCAAAGGCAAGGGUUGUAUCAUUUCCAUACCGCGCGACAUCCCUCGAGGUAACCCAGGAUAUCCUCCCAAGCCCAUGAGCGAAGAAGCCGUCAACACAAAGCUCAGCCAACUCGAGCAGAAAGGCUACGAUGUCCGUGGAUUCAGUACCGGAGGCCAAGAGACACACAACCGAGCCAUCUGGCCAGCAGAGACCGACGUACAGGCAGAGCGUGCCAGCUCAGGCUCCAAGUUCACAGUGCGUGUGGCCAAGGAGUCGGAAUGGAAAGAUUACCAGAACUCUCUGCUCGAGGCCAAGCUUGCAGCACUAGGUGUCAGCAUGGGUGGCGAGGAAGACGUACCACUUCCUCUGUCGCGCCAGACCUCUUCGCAGCAACAUCCUGGACAGGUCUUCUCUCCGCCGCUGCCUACCUCGUCUGCUGGCAGCAUACGCAUGGCCAGGCCAGGCAGUAUCGCAACCGGCGGCUUCCCAUUCGGACCAUCGCCCGGCCACAUGUCGCGACAGUCAAUUGCUUCUCCUGGGGCUUUUGUGAAUCCCCGCACAAGCAUGCACAUGCAUCGCCACUCUACGUUUGGAUCGCCUGCAAACUUUGCUCACCAUGGCUACUCACCUUCGGGCACAUGGUCACCGAGUGGCUACUUUUCUCAGGAUGGCCGCACCGGCUCGCCUGCUCUUGCUCUGAACCGUCCAGACCUUGCUGAGCUCAUCUCACCCCGUUCGCCGUUUGGCAUGGGACCUCCGCAGCUUCCCAUUACGUCGGCGCAGAGGAAUGACUUCCAGCUACACAUGCAAUUGCAGCAGCAGCAACUCCAGGCCCAGAUUCUUCAGCAGCAACAACAACAGCAGCAGCAGGUCCUUGGCAUGCGCCCCUCGUCGACGCUUGAGGAAGUGCCCGAGGAUGAGGACGAGGAAGACGAAGUCCCGACUAUGAAGCAUGCCACUCAAACUAACACGGAGAUUGCUGUGCCGACUCCUCGCGGCCAUCGCCACAAUAUUAGCGAGAACCUUGAACGCGAGGCUGCUAACGAGGAGUACCACUUGGAAGAGGCUAUCGACAAGCAGUUUGCUGAGGGUGGAGAUUUCAGUACGGAGCCAGAGAGCAGUGUGCCUUUGAAACCUUCCAACGCUGUGGCUAACCCCAAGUGGGAGGACUCUCGACCCAUCUUGCACCAGCCUCAGCCUCACAGCAGAGCGCACUCACUUGCGCAGACGCAGAAGCCCGUCUCGUACUCGUUCCCGUCACAGCAGACUCCUCCUUCGGACAGCGAUGGUGCGCGUACGAAUCUUUCCGAGAAUACCAAUCCCAGCCUGGAAGAGGGAGAGGCUCGCAACACGGCCCAGAGCUCUGUGCAACACUCCAAGGCGCCGUCGCAAGUCAGCAAUUCGUGGAAAGACAACAAGUUUGCCUUCAACAAGCCUGCGUCGUCGGGUGUGCAUAGCAAGCACGCGUCGCGCUCGUCCAUUUCGAAGCUCAAUGUCGAAGCCAAGGAGUUCAAAUUCAACCCAGCUGCGUCCUUCAGCCCUGGGUCCUUCUCGUCUGGCUUCAACUUUGCGCCGGCCGUCAAGCCUCCCACUGAGCAAGCCGGUCAUGAGGCUAACAAGAACAGCGUGGACGGGCCGGCAAAUCUCAACACGGCGGGCCCUGCCUUCAAGCCAGAGGCACCCACUUUCAAGCCCGACGCUCCUACCUUCCAGCCUACUCCCAGUAGUGGCUUCAACUUCUCGAGCCCGCCGUCAUUCAAGCCCGAGGCGCCAGCGUUCAAUCCCGGGGUGUCGACCUUCAAUCCCGCCAAGCCAGGCCCUGCUCCGACAAGCUUUUCUUCCAAGAUCUUUGGAGACGUUAACAUCUCUGCCAACGACAUCAUCAAGCCUGCUACUCGAUCCAAGGCUGUGCCUAUUGUGCGACCCGACAACACGCGUCAGCAGCCACCCAAGGAAGAGAAGACGUGUGAAGACGAGGCUGGCCGGCCUGUGCAAGCUGAUGGUCGCGAGAAGCGUGUGCGACGUGACCGCCCUGAUGGCGAUGAUGUGCCCAAGUUUGCACUUCAGCCGAUUCUCGCGUCGCAGCCUUUGUCUGAAGUCAAGGAGCCCAAUGUUCUGCUGGAUGCAGAAAUGGCGCUGGAAGACUAUGUCGAAGACAAGGAGAACUUGUCGCCUAACACGAAGCAGACCAAGGCCAGGUCCAAGACUCCUUCGCCACUGUCACAGCUACAGGACACGAAGCCAUUUGAGCCUAUUUCCCCUGCUGGGAGUGAGGCUGCGGACGACGAUACUCCUCAUGCCAGUGAUGUACCUACUCCGACGACCGAGGAACCCGAGCCAACGUCCAAGCACAGCCACAAGAGCACUCUCUCGGCUAAUGCGAAACCGUUUGAGCUCAAACCACAGCUCAGCAACGCUGGCUACGAUUUUGGCUUCCACGUUACGAAGCCUUCGCAAGUCGAAGAGCCCGAAAAGUCUCGCCUGUCACCUCCAAGGAUGGCUAGCCGAAACUCGGUGACUACUUACCAACCCAGCAAUGAUGGCUCAUUCAAGACGGCCAUGGAGUCUGGCAGACAUACCCGCUACACGGAGCGUGAGAGCGCUGAUUUCGACACGAUUGGCGAGGCUUCUUUCAACGACAUUGAUGCAGUCAUGAAGCACAUGGACGGAGAGGGCUCUGACUUUGGCGUUGAGCGUGACGAGACGUCUUGGGACCAAUCCUCUCCACAGAGGACGCCGAAUGUAUUUGAGCACACUGAACUGCGACCCAACUUCAAGAUGCGCAGCGACGCGCCUAGCCCCAGCCCUCGCCGGGGAUUCUUUCCAGGUCGCUUGGUCAACAUUCCUGGCUCUGCAGCAUCAAUGCAGGAUCCGUUCGACAGCGAACUGGCUGCUCUUCCCUUUGAAUCUCCUGUGCGUCAAUUGAACAAUGCAGACGAUGGACAUUUGAGCGACUGGGAUGAUGGCCUCCUAAGCGAGGACGGAACCAAGGUUCAAACGCGAAGCGGCUUCUUCGACAAGCAUGUUGAUGAGCUCAUGGGCCGUCUUUUGCAGGACCGCCUUGGCCCGCUAGAGCAAAACCUGCAAGGCAUCCAGCAAGCGCUUGCGUCCAUGUCACAGCAUCCACGACGCGGCCGCCGUAGCAUGUCCACCAACGAACGUCUAGAAAGUGACGCAGAUGACGAAGACGACGAGAUUGAAACCGAGGCCAGCUACCGCAACAGAUCUAGAGGCAAAGACCGGAAGCUCGAGAAGAUACGGUCUAUUGUUAUGGACGCGCUUGAGGUGCAUCAGUCACAGAUCACGUCGAUGCCUGUGCCUGUACCAAUGGCAGAACCAAUUAUCCCCGAGAAGAUCCGGGAGAUUGUUACCGAUGUCCUCACGCACCACCAGCCACCCGUGCAGCCCGUUGAGCCUGUUCCUGUGGAUCAGAUUCGUGCUGUCGUUCAGGAUGCCAUUGCUUCGACCAGACUGGCACUCGAGCCCACGGCUGAAACUCUCAAGGCUGAAGAUAUCCGAUCCAUCCUUGCCGACACGCUCGCGUCUCAUACUCCCAAGCCUGUCGAGUCUGUGAAGCCUGAUGAUAUCCGAUCGAUUGUCAUGGAGGCCUUUGAGACGCACGCUCCUCAGCCAUUGCCUCCCCCAGUUCCUGAGCAGAUCUGGCCCGACGACCUCAAGAGCAUUGUCGCAGAAGCGCUUGCGUCGGCCCAGGCCCCAGCACCGCCUGCACCGCCUGCGGAUUCUGUUCAGCCGGACAUGAUCCGUUCCAUUGUUGCUGAAGCACUGGCCUCUCAGAAGCCUGUGUCUACUUUGGAGGCACCUGUCGACAUUCCCCAGCCGCAGCUUGACAUGUCUGAGCUGUACCAGAUCAUCGGCAGUCUCAAAGCCUCUAUUGCACAGACCACAAGCCACCACCUUCAAGCCGAGGACGUUCGCGAGCUCAUCGAUGAAGCUUUUAAGCAGCAGAACAUGGAGCUCGCCAAGCGCGAGGAAACUCAGGCUGUACAAGAGAGAGAUGCACGGAUUGCUGAUCUCGAGGAAAUGCUCAAGGAAGCCAAUAUGCGCUUCAACGACGAGGCUGACGCACGCAAGGCUCUCGAGGACCGUGAAACUGACUCUGCUCGCCUUCUCAAGGUCACGGAGGAGGAGCUUACCCUCCUUCAGCAAGCUGCCCGUGACGAUGAGCACAAGAUUAACGCUCUGACUGAAGAGCGCGAUGGUCUUCGCCAGAGUCUCGACACCCUCCAGAGCAACGAAGAUGUCCUCCGCGACAGAGUCUCUUCUCUCGAAACCGAGAGUGAGCGGCUCAAGCUUACCAAUAUCGCUUUGGAGAGCUCCGAGGAGGAUCUUAAGAAGAAGCUGGAUUCUGUCACUGCUGAGAAUGAGGCGUUGACCUUUACACUCGAGGAGCAUCGCCUCUCUGCUAACAAGUGGCGUGGCGAUCUCCAGGUCGCUCAUGAGGAAGCAGAGCAGCUACGCAAGGCUAUCGGAGAGUCACGCUUCCAGGCUGAAGAGGCCACCCGUGUCCGGGAGUCGAUGCGUGUCAAGCUUGAGAAGCUCCAGCAAGACAUGGUCUCUGCCACUCAGCAGAUUGCCGCCGAACGCGCUCAGUGGCACAAGAACGAGGAGGCAUCUGCCAGCAAGUACGAGAUCCUCAGCGCGCGCAUUGAGGCCGAGGGUCGCACACGUGAGCGUCUGGAGCGGGAGCUCGAGCGCCUUGAGACUCAAGAGCGUGAGGGCAUGAAGCUCAGGUUCCACCUUGAACAGACGCAGAAGCACAACGCCCGACUCGAGGAGACUAUUCAACAGCUGAGGAAGGAGACUGUGGAGCACCAGAGGAACGCCGAGCGCUACGAACGCGACAUGCGGGAAGCGAGGGAUGCCGCGCAUGUGGAGAUCCGCCGCACCCGUGUGCUCAUGGAGGCCGAUGUGGACGCCGCUAACAACCAGGUCAACAUUGUUCGCCACGAGCUUGAGAGCGAGAUCAACCGUGUCCGUGCCGAGCUUGACCAAGUCCGCCUGGACGCCGACACGGCCAAGGAGAAGCACGAGCUUGAUCUCGAGGCAGCCUCUGACGCUAAGAAGCAGGCUAUCCAGGAGAUUAUGGAGAAGAACAGGCAAACCCUGCAGGAACAGCAGCGUGCAUACGAGCGUCAACUUGAGCAUUUGAAGCAGGAACAUGCUCGUGCUCUCGAGUUUGUACGCGAGGACAUUGACCGUGCCGAGGCCUUCCACAACGACAAGCUUGCUUUGGCCGACUCCAGGCUCGACCAUUUCAAGGACAAGAUUGCACUGCUGGAAGAGAAGUUACAGGUUGCAAAGGAAGCCGCCAGCGCUGCGGUUGCCGCCGCAUCCAAGUCACCCAAUCCUGGUAAUUCCUUCUCCAUGGGCGAGAAGGUUUCGGCUCAAGCACUGCGCGAGUCCAUUGGUGUUCUACAAGAGCAACUUCAGGAGCGUGAGGGACGCAUUGAGUCGCUUGAGCAGCAGCUCGAAGCGGUUGAUACAGAAGCACCAGCCAAGCUCAAGGAGCGUGAUACUGAGAUUAACUGGCUACGUGAGCUGCUCGGCGUACGCGUGGACGACUUGAACGACCUGAUCAACGCCUUGGCCCAGCCAACUUUUGACCGCGAAACUGUUCGCGAUGCCGCCAUCCGCAUCCGUACCAACUUGCAGAUGGAGCAGUCCGAGAAGGAGCGUCUCAUAUCCGGCGGACAGCAGUCUUUCCCGACACUCAGCACACUAUCCAACUUUGCGUCACCAAAGGCAGUUCAGCUUGCUGCUGCCAUUGGCAACUGGCGUAAAGGUCGCGGAGAAGCUGCAUCCGCUCUCGCUGGGAAAUCGUCGAGCUCACUGCGCAACCAGACGCCAUCUCGCACCCAGCCUCAGCCUACGCAGCAAUCCUUUCUCUCUGGCCUCAUGACACCGCCCACCUCCAACAUGCGCCGCACGUCCGACGCCCCUUCUUCUUCUCAGCGCUCCCAAGACGCACGCUCCAACUCGAUGAGCUCGCACGCGUCAACUGAAAUCGGCUUCCCCGUCCUGGGAAAGCAGCCUCGCACACCGCCUCUGAUGCGGAAGCAGGCGUACGACCAGGAUGCAGACAUGGAGCCAUGGAGCGAGAGUGGCUUCUAUGAAGACGAGAGCGCUAUUGAAGAGGGCGAAUUGACGCCCUUGGCUCUCAACUUUGGAAGGGAAUUGGCAAGAAAAUGA